GAAGCACUACGGUUGAGAAAUUAGAAGGCCUGGCUAAAGGGACUUUUCUGGAAAGCCUCUUAGUAUCUUCUGCUAUCUCACACAGAAAAAUAAAAUGCCCAUUAGACAGACACUCUGCAGGAAAAGGAUGCUGACGGAAAUGCACUUGAUGAAAUUCUUCACGAUGCUCAAUUCAAUUUUAGAAAAGCGUGUUUUCACUCUGGGCCAAAAGUACAACAUGAUCCAAAACUAAGGAAGCCUCACUAAAGAACACAACUCGAAAAGUGGAAUGGCUGUUUAACACAGCAAGAUUAAUUUUCUCCAAGAGAGCAGUGGAAAGUUCUCUAAUGUUUUAAUGCAGUGCUCUUUCCUAGAAAGCAAACAUCCCGCCCAACAAACCAGUACACACACAUCAUUGACAAAAUAAAUAUGCUUGCCCCUGCUCAUUACGGUUUCAUUGCAGAACUAAAAUGAGAAAUUAAACUGUACUAAAUCACUGGCAUUUAUGGUACUUGGUACCACUGGAAGUUUCUAGGGCAAACCCUUCUAAAUCUCAAGUCUCAGAGGUUAAACCAGAAUCUUCUAUGUGGUCCCAGGGUUUACAAACCUCCAGAUUGGUAUUUUAUUGGGCAUAGAAUUACAAACACCCCAAGUUUCAGAGUCAGUUUCCCCUAUAAAAUUUAUGAUUAAGAACAUAAUUCCCAUUUAUAGAGUUUCUGAUCUCCUGGGAAGCACAUCACUCAUUUAAAAUAAAUCUCUCUCUCUCACACACACACACUCACAAAAUAACUAAAUAAAAUAAAUCUCACAAAGCCCGAGUUUGGGCAGUAAUCCAAACUGUCCUUACAAAAACAUGUUUGGGGUAAGCAAUCAUUUCGGUUUGAAACCUACAACUGUGCAGGAACAAACCUUCCAAGAUUCCAAGAAAUCAACCUGUCCAAAAGGAGGGUUGGCAGGGGAGCAAAGCAAAAUACCAGAGGGGAAUUCUGAAGCCAUUUUAGAGUUAGGAAAAGUCCAAUAGCACUUUGACUUGGAAGAGUUUGGAACAAAACAAGUCCUUUGCUCACAAAACGCCUCGCACUUAACAUCGCCUCACUCCUACCAGGGGGAAAAAAAAAAAUCCAACUCACGAGGCAUCCAGUUAUUUUCCUACCUCCAACCCUACCCUCCCCCCCCAAAAAGAGGCGGGGAAUUUGAGGGACUAACUUCCUUUUAAACAUAAUUUAUAUUUUCCCAGAUUUUUAAGAGGAAAAAAGUUUAAAACACCUGAAGUCCACAAAGCACUCAGGAGUUUUAAAAUUCGAAAUGGAACGAGGGACACACAUCCCACACUCACAUCCGAACCUUGAAAACUUAGUUUUUGGAGGGUGGGUGAGCGAAAAUGGGGGGGGUGCUUGGGGAAAUCGUAAUUAAUGGGGGGGAGUACAUUUGCAUAAUAAGAGAUAGUCCGCUCCAACCCAGAAUCCGCAUGUUUACACCUUUAAAACAAUGAUAUGAAUAUUUAAAGACAACGGUUAACCCUUUCCUUCUCGGCCACCUUAAUUUUUUUUUUUUUUUUUUUAACCGCGUGCGUCAGGCGGGCCGCACAGCUCGGGAAGCACGCGACGCAAACAGACUCCCACGGACACGCACAGAGGGAAGAUCCCAGGAGGACACGAUGAGACGCAGCCGUCUGCAAGUCCAGGAGGGAGAACCCCGCACGGCUGGCUCCACAGUCUUGGGCUUCCAGCUUCCAGAACUGGCUCCGCAUACCCGUUCCCGUGCUCCUCCUGUGAGCUGGGUCCCUCACCUCACUCACGGCGAGGGGCUGCACACUUGCCCACAAGGACCAUCCCACCCAGCCCCUGUCCCUGGCGCCAAAGGCCUUCCCACCGCAAGAAGGGGCCUGAAAGAUGACAAAAUUGGAGCUCAGGGAUUAGCAUUACUUAUUCCUGCUCACACAGUGGAGAGUUCGGGGAGAAAUCCACUCCAGAUCUUCACACUUUGACUUCUAGACCCUUCUCUCCAUACCAAACAAGGAACUAACCUGUGAAGCCGUAUGAGUGGGAGUGUUUACAGCGAAUUUGUCCUUCCAAGGUCAAAAAGAUGAAUCUGGGGCACCUGGGUGGCUCAGUUGGUUGAGAAUCGGACUCUUGAUUUUGGCUCCGGUGGUGAUCUUGGGGUCGUCAGAUCAAGCCCCAGGUCUGCUUUGCGC